CAUAGCAGUGUUGUAUACAAGAACGGAGAACUGUUACAGCAGCACAGUUUAUCACUCAGAAAUUCGAAAAAAAAUAAUAAAAAUUUCUCCAAAAAUUUUCUGUAAAAGAGAAGAAAAGGGUGUGGAGUAUCAGUGACCGUCUUUUUUCUGAGGAAUUUUUUUUGGUGUAAAAAGUGGAAAAGGGUGUGGAGGAUCAGUUAUGGUGAUGAUUGUUUGUUUUUGAGGAUUUUUUUGGGGGGAUUUUGGUAGAGAAAAAAAAGGUGUAGAGGAUCAGUUAUGGUAAUGAUUUUUUGGUUCUGAGGGAGGUUUGUUUGGUGUUUUAAAAAGGGGGAAAGAGGAUAUGUAUACAGGAGGUUUAGGAGGGCCAAUGAGAAAAUCAUUUAAGGAUUCUCUCAAAGUUCUUGAAGCUGAUAUUCAACAUGCCAAUACACUUGCAUCUGACUUUUCGAGGGAGUAUGAUGGUGCGUGCUUACAGAUGCGAAUGUCCUACAGUCCUGCAGCACACAUCUUCCUUUUCUUAGUGCAAUGGACUGAUUGCCAUCUCGCUGGUGCCCUUGGCUUGUUGAGAAUUCUUAUUUACAAGGUAUAUGUCGAUGGCACCACAACCAUGUCAACUCAUGAAAGGAAAGCAAGCAUUAGGGAGUUCUAUGCUGUUAUUUAUCCCUCCUUAGUUCAACUUGAAAGAGGUGUCACGGACUCGGAAGACAAAAAACAAAAUGCAGUUUGCCAGGAGAGAUACAAGAGACGAGAUGAUGAGGAUUACAGGCAAGCUUAUGAUCUGAACAUUGAAAGGGAAGAUGAAUGUGGAAUUUGCAUGGAGGCGAACAGCAAAAUUGUCCUUCCCAACUGCAAUCAUGUAAUGUGCUUGAAAUGCUAUCGUGAAUGGCGUUCGAGGUCACAGUCGUGCCCCUUUUGCCGCGAUAGCCUGAAAAGGGUUAGCUCGGGGGAUCUGUGGAUAUAUAUGGACAGUAAAGAUGCAGUUGACAUGCCAACAAUUACAAGGGAGAAUCUAAGAAGGUUGUUCAUGUAUAUAGAGAAGUUACCUUUAAUCGUGCCGGAUAAUGUUUUCGACACAUAUGAUGAUACUCAUCUAAGGUAGAGCAGCAAUUGCUAUUAUGUUGAAAUUGGUCAUAUGCUAUAUAUAUGGAGGUUAUGAUAUUGGAUUUGGUGAUGUUGGAUUAUUAAACAUGAAGGUGGUUCCUUUUUCACUACCUUGUGAUUACAAGAAACCCAGCCGGUAGUAUUGAGUGCAUACAGAGGCGAAGUCAGGAUUUGAACUUUAUGCGUUCUAUCUAAAUUCUAAGAUAGCAACAUCGGGUGUUAACUGGUUUUUAAAUUUAAUUUAUGUACAUAUUUACUGGAUUUCUCUUAAUACAAAUAUAGGGUUUGAACUGAAGCUACUAAGUUCGGUUGAACUUGUACGUCACUACUAGUUCCGGCCCUAUUUGGGGUUGAGAAGCUAAGUUAGAUUAGCUAAAAAGAGCUUUAUAAUUCUCUCGUG